CAUUUUAGCGCUGCAGGAAGUUCGCGCCUCAUCCCCUCUGUUUUAAGAUCGGCCCAAUGGAGUUCUUCACCCAAAUCCUAUAGCGUGUGAUUCACAUAACGUCCGAUCCGCGGUCAGGCUCCGUCACGCGUGUGCGCGCAGCUCUGAAUGUGAGCGCGCAGACUGUGUUCGUGCUUCUGUGCUGCUGACAGUCUUAUGCAAGCCACCCUACACAUAGCCACGAUGUCCGACGCUGCUGCUCCCGCAGACAACAACGGGGAAGCUGGAUUAAACGGGUCAUGGGUGGCGCUGGAGAUGAACAGAAACUCUGCAUCGCUCACGUCCUCCACCGCCUCGGUCCCGCCCCCUUUAGUGCAGGUUGUAGAGGAAGAUGAUGGGAUGGUGGGGGGGUUAGAACACGUUCCUUCAUCAUCCUCCAUUCACAAUGGAGAUAUGGAGAAGAUCCUGCUAGAUGCCCAGCACGAGUCCAGUCGCAGUAACUCCUCUUGCGAUAGCCCUCCUCGACCCCACAGUCCUCAGGACGAGGGGCAGAUCAUCUUUGACGUGGAUAUGAGGAGAGAUAGUCAGGAGGAAGUGAUGGAGAGAAUUAGAGAUGAUGAAAUCUUAAUGAAGGACUCAGACCGCGUGGCAGAUUGGUCAAGUAGACCGGAGAAUGUUCCACCUAAGGAGUUUCACUUCCGGCACCCGCGGCGUUCAGUGACUCUCAGCAUGAGGAAGACUGGAGUGAUGAAAAAAGGAGGCAUCUUCUCUGCUGAGUUCCUCAAAGUGUUCAUCCCAUCGCUGCUUCUCUCCCACAUCCUGGUCCUGGGACUUGGGGUGUACAUCGGAAAAAGACUGACAACUCCUCCUGCAAGCUCCAUUUGAACACACAUCAAGUGCCUCAGGCAUGGCCCGGACGGAUUAGAAAGAAGGUUGAAGUUUGUAUGAAGAUUGCCCCCCCUUCACCCACAAUCCUUUGCUCUUUCUUCUUGCAGACUCUCUCACCUCUGCUCUUUUAUGCUUUUUUUAGCUCUUAUUUCAUUUGCCCUUUCAACAUUGAGACAUUCUUCUGACUGAGAGUAUGAACUUUUCAAGCUUUCUAUUUAUCAUUAGUUUAUUUUCAGUGUUAAAUCGUAUCAUGUCCCUUUAAAGCUCAAUGUUAUAGUUACAGUUGCAAGUUUUGAAGGUGGCAAUGGGUUCAAGCAAACGUGCUAGCUUAACUGGCUAGAAACCAGUGAUGUGUUUGGCUAGCUGCCAUUUCGGGUCCGAUCACAUGACCCAUGAAUGAGCCACAGACACAACAGUGACUAAAUAAACAAUCCCUGCAGUUGUUACCCUAAACACGGGAUUAACCUAAAUAUAGACUUAUACCAUGUAUGAGCAUGCCUGAGUGGUAGCUAACAUUUUAUUUAUUAAUACAAAUUAUAUUGUUUUAGUUACACCAUGGAAGAUGCUAGAAUGAUGGAUUUGUUGUAUGUGGUUUGGAAAGACAGGGCUCUCCGUAGACCCCAUUUUCAUCUAACGAUGACAGAAAAUGGUAAAGUGGACUGUAUCAUAUACACGUUUUAUACCAAAUUUAGCAUGAUGUUUUACAUUUACCAUUGACAGUACACAAAUACAGUGCCUGGUACAAUUGUCUGACAGAUUCAUGUUCGAGAAUCCAUAAUCCAUUUGGCUGGAUGAGCUGGCAGAUCCCUGUAUGAAAAGAGAUUAUUAUUAUUUUCUCUGUCCUUGUUUCUGUGUGUUUGUUGUGCAAUUUUUGUCUCUUGUUUACUUGACAUACAUAUUAGGACCUAGUGAUUUUAUAACUAGGCUUCCACGACAGUUACACACACAACUUUUAAAGCAUUAAGCGAUACUGGAUUUUCAAAUGGUAUGAAAACCCAUGGACUUUCCGGAGCGCGGCGAUGUUCUAACAAAAGCAGCGGCUUAAAUGUUGUGCCAUGUUAUAGCCGUGUCAAAGGUUUAUAAAAAUGUUGGUAUAUCCUCUCUUUUACACUUGUUAACAUUUUCACGCUCUUAGUUUGAGGUGACUUUUGAAAUGUCAGUGGUGUUUGCUUAGCAAAACACCACGUAGCAGGAGGUUUUUUAUUGAAAGGAAAAGUUCAUCCAGAAAAACAAAUUCUACCCUCAUUUCCUCACAUAUCACUCAAAAUCUCAAUUUUUUGAUUCUGUGGAACAUAACAUUAAACGUUUGGAAAACUGUUCACAUUUAUCUCGUCUAUACAAUGACAGUGAGUGCAGAUGAGCUCUCUGUAGCUCAAAUGUUGCAAUAAGAAACAUAAAAGUUAUCUUGCGUAUUUCUAAAUAUUACAUUUGCGUGAGGAUUUUAAGAAUUUUAAAUCAUAAAACAUGUGCCCUCCACUGUAGUUUAAAGAAUAAAAUCUUUUGUAGCACUUGUAUUUUUGGAUCUUGACCACUUGUGGUCACUUAAUGCUAUUAAAGGGAUAGUUCACCCGAAAAUGAAAAUUCUGUCAUUUACUCACCCUCCUGUAUGACUUUCUUUCUUCUGCAGAUCACAAAAGAAGAUAUUUUGAAGAAUGUUGGUAACCGAUCAAAAGCGGUACCUAUUGACUUCUAUUGGACAGACACAAAACCAAUGCAAGUCAAUGGGUGCCACCAUUGUUCGGUUUUCCAACAUUCUUCAAAAUUUGUCUUCUGCAAAAAAAGAAAGUCAUACAGAUUUCAAAUGACAAGAGGGUGAGUUUUCAUUUUUGGGUGAACUACCCCUUUAAAAGAAGAGCACUUUAGACAUUCGACAUUCUUCAAUGCAGAACACUUUUGUUCACACAAAAGAUUGCAGAUUUUGUACAGACAAUACUACAGAUGACAUGAGGGUAAAUAAUAACAUUUUUUGUUUUUUUGGAUGAACAAUCUAUUAACGUUGUAAAAUGGUGUCCAGUCAGAUAGACACCAGUCCUGGGUGUGAACAUCAUGGCGCUCAUUGUCUGGAACAGGGUUUGUGUUUUUCUAAAACCCUGAUGUGAAUUAUUCUAUUCUUAUUGUGUUUUUGUCACAUCAAGAGAUUUGUAUGUGUAUUUUGGAUGUGUGCGCAUUUUCUUGGUCUUCACUGUUUGUUUGUAUCCUGAGAAGGAUCUGAUUCUCCUCAAACACAGCUGCCUGAGAGCUCAAAAACAUUGUGCCUCGCCUUCUCAAUCAUGUUUGAUACAGUGUGAUGUCAUCACUUCCUGUCAUCAUGUGUACAUUGUUCCUUUUUUCGUUUUGUCAUUUGUUUUGCGCCACCUUCUUUGGGAGGUUUCUCGCAUGCUUUGUUUUGAUUGUUAUAUUCUUUAACAUCUGAGGCAAACUAGUACACACAGAAGAGAAGGUACAGGAGAGCUGUUAAUAAUACAUAUAUUAUAAAGAGGAUUUUAGUUUGUUUUUGGACUUUUGAUUGUGGUUUUUAUGAAGUGCGUAAGCCUCCUUUGUUGAGGUAUGUUGAUACUUUUUUGAGACUGCAACAAUCAAAGGAAAUGUAACUUUUUUUGAUUUGACAACCAUUUUACCCCCAUGUUUUGAAAUAAAAUUUAAAGGAUGACCUGCAUUUCAAACACUUGUUUGAUUUUGUAUUUUUGUGUUUUGAUAUCAUUGAUCUCAUUCUAUUACAUCAUUCAUUUUCAGAAUCAUGCAUUAAAGUCAAACAGAUUAUCUGUAUGAUCUUCUACUUUGCAAGAAACUUCAUUUACAAAGUAUAAUAUUCUGCUAUGUUAAUACUUCUCUUAAACGGACAGUUCACCCCAAAAUUCUUUCAUCAUUUACUCAUUCUCAUGUCAUUUCAAACCUCUUUGACUUUUCUUCUUCUGCAGAAUAGAAAAGAAGAUAUUUUUUGGCAGAAUGUUGGUAGAACAUUGACCCUCAUUGACUUCUAUUGUAUGGACACAAAACCAUUGAGACAUUUCUUAAUAUCUUCUUUUGUGUUUCACAAAGUCAUAUAGGCGUAUAUGAACAACAUGAGUGUGAAUAAAUGAUGACAGAAUUUUUAUUUUUGGGCGAACUAUCCCUUUAAAUUCUCAACACAUUUUUCUGUGCUCAUUGUUAUUAGUAGUACAUUAACAUGUAGGCAUUGGUUUACAUUUAGUAAAAGCGAGUGUCAUUAUUAUUGCGCAUACGUAAACUUCAGUGUUUUUAUUGUGAAUGGCCUCUUUCGAUUUGGCCCAGUAACAACCUAGCCAUGUCGAAGCAACCACCCAGUUAACUGAACAGAGCCACAACGCAUAGGAGCAGUGCAUCAUGACAUCAUAGCGAUCCCAAGCACGUGUCUGGGAAUUUGACCAUACUUCUGCUAUAAUUAUUAUGGUGCCAGAGGAGACCAUAGUCAGUCUGGUCUAAUGGAGGAAUAUGUCUGUUGUCCUGUAAUAAUAAUAUUAUCACUACAUUCAUAAGUGUGUGCGCAUUCUCUAUGCAGUAGUUAAGACAUGCCUCCAUAUUUAAAAUGCCUAUUGUGUGUUGCUUUGUCUAUUGUGAUAAUAUGGGGUUUUCACACCCCUUUGCUUAAAUAACUAAAGUCUAUCAGUGAAAAUUAAAUAACCAGUUAUGAGGGACAUACGAUUAAUUUUAUUCGUUUUGAAACCAUGCAUAAAAGUUUAACAGAAACUUAUUACUAAAUCUACUCCAUUCUUUGAUUGUGUGUGAAAUAAGAUUGAUUUGUACUAUAUUCUCUUGGGGUGUUGCAUGCAUUUACUCACAGCUAAGAGGCUGAAUUUUUUUUUUAGGUUUUAGAAAACCUAAAUUGUGUUAUUUACCUGGUUUUAUUUUCAUUUAAAUGACUCCAUUAAGAUGGACUCAAAGAGAUGAGAAGGGAAUCUAAAGCAUGACGAAACUGCCCUCUAGUGGCAGAGAUGGGAAACGGGAUGUGUCAAAUUCUGAGUAAUGUCUGAAUGUGUAAAAAAAAUCACCCGUUUUCCCAAAACUUGUUGUAUCUGUUUUGUGCACAUUUGCCUAAAAUUUAUUUCACAGUUUCCCUCUCUUAGGAUCCUUAUUGCAGGAAUUAUUUGUAGCACACAGCAGAAACCAAACAUGAUGAGACCGCAAUAGCUCCUAUAUACACCCCGGUCUGUAAAUUUCUAUUAUUUCAAUAUUUGAGUUUCACUACAUUCUGCACAUUCAUGUCUACAUGACUCAGUGUUCAGCGGUGUUUGCUUUGUUAAUCAACUGGGCCAUAUUAAUAUACUCUGUGGAAAAUAAUUGUGUUGAAUGUUCACAUGGUAAGGCUCUUUGAAAUAAA